AUGCAUUUCAAUCCCGAGAAAGAGAUACCCGAUCUGUCGGGAAAGACAAUUAUCGUGACGGGCGGCAGCAGUGGUCUCGGCAAAGAGAGCGUCCUCCAACUCGUCAAGCACAACCCAGAUAAAGUGUAUCUCGCAGCCCGAACAAGCAAGCGAGGCAAUGCAGCAAUCGAGGAGAUUGAGAAACUAGUCCCCUCAGCAAAGGGAAAGAUGCACUAUCUUGAGCUGGACAUGGCAUCUUUCGCGUCCGUCAAGCAAGCCGCCGAUCGCAUCCUGUCCGAGAACAACCGAAUCGACAUCCUUAUGAACAACGCGGGAACGAGUGCCAACCCUGCAAGUCUAACCAGCGAUGGCUACGAGGUUCAAUUCGGCAGCAACUACAUGGGACCAACUCUUUUCACCAACCUUCUCCUUCCACUGCUUCAGCAAACCGCCGAGCAACCAAACAGCGACGUCCGCAUCAUCAACCUCAGCUCUGAACUCUUCAAACAAGCACCUAAAGAGGGAAUCUCGUUCCCCACGCUUACGACACCCGCUGAAGGAAUAAGCACCGUAGCUCGCUAUGGCCAAUCAAAACUAGCAAACUACUACUUCAGCAAGCUUUGCUCCCAGAAAUAUCCCAACAUCACAUCAAUCGCUCUACAUCCGGGUGUCGUCAACACGGGUAUCUGGGACCAUUUCAAGGAAAGGAGGCCUGUGCUAGGAGCGGUGCUUUCCGUCUUGUCUGGCCCCUUUAUGACUAGUGUCCCCGACGGUGCGAAGAUGCAGUUGUGGUCCAGUACCGCACCGAAGAACCAGGUUAAGAAUGGUGCUUUCUAUACCCCAACGGGGAAUGGUAAGGAGUACACGCAAGCGAUACUGAAGAACGAUAAACUUUCGAAUGAGCUAUGGGAAUGGACCGAGAAGGAGUUUGCAAAGCAUGGGUAUUAG